UUCAGUACAUCCGCCUUGGUCUCAGUGCACUGCUCGCACCUGGAUAGGAGAAAACACAGGCAGACGAGGAGGGUGAGCGGGGUUCAGUACGUUCGUCCAAGUCAAUAAAUCUGCGAGUUCCAGAGCUGGAGGAUGGAGCUGCGGCCCUUUCUGAUGUGCUUUGCGCUCUGCGUGGUGUAUGCCACCAGCAAGCCCACGGAGAAGAAGGACCGCGUUCACCACGAUGACCCUCUGAGUGAGAAGGAGCACGAAGAUGCUGAGAACUUCGACUACGAUCACGAUGCCUUUCUGGGCGAGGAGGAAGCCAAGACCUUCGACCAGCUCACCCCUGAAGAGAGCAAAGAGAGACUGGGCAAGAUAGUUGAUAAAAUAGACGAAGACAAAGAUGGGUUUGUUACAACAGAAGAGAUGAAAAAGUGGAUCAAAUUUGCACAAAAGCGCUGGAUUUAUGAUGAUGUGGACCGCCAGUGGAAGGGGCAUGACCUCAACGAGGACGGUGUGGUUUCCUGGGAGGAGUACAAGAACGUGACCUAUGGCUACGUGCUCGAUGAUAAUGACCCAGAUGAUGGAUUUAACUACAAACAGAUGAUGUCCCGAGAUGAGAGACGUUUUAAAAUGGCAAACAAGGACGGAGACCUCGUUGCCAACAAGGAGGAGUUCACAGCCUUUCUACACCCCGAGGAGUAUGACUACAUGAAAGACAUUGUGGUGCUGGAAACCAUGGAAGAUAUUGACAAGAAUGGAGAUGGGUUCAUUGAUUUAGAGGAAUACAUUGGGGACAUGUACAACCAGGAGGGAGACCCCCAGGAACCCGAGUGGGUCAAGACAGAACGUGAGCAGUUUGUGGAGUUCCGCGACAAGAACAAAGAUGGGAAAAUGGACAAGGAGGAGACCAAGGACUGGAUACUGCCCUCGGAUUAUGACCAUGCUGAGGCAGAAGCCAAGCAUCUGGUGUACGAGUCAGAUACAGACAAGGAUGGUCGACUCACUAAAGAAGAAAUAAUAGCGAAGUACGACUUGUUCGUUGGGAGUCAAGCCACAGAUUUUGGCGAAGCUUUAGUACGGCAUGAUGAGUUUUAAAUCUUUCCACUUUGGAAAGGCUCAAUGUUCACUAGAUAAACAAUAAUUUAUUUUAUGGCUUCCUGUCCCUACACCUGGUCUCCAACAAGACUGUUAUAAGGACAUCCAGUGUAUUUAGUUUGUUUUUUAUAUGUAAAAUGAAUUUUUACAGUACAAUGUUGUUACCUUGAUUACUCUCAUUUGAACACUGUUUUGGCAUGCAGUGGGUUGAGAGAAUGUGUGUAUGCACACAUUUGUUUAUAGCAUAUUCUCCGAAACACUUCUUACGUAAUGAAUUCCUUUCAUGAACUGGCUUUCAGCAGUUGAAGUUUUAUGUACAACACAAGUAGUUUUAUGGUGACUCUGAAAGGAACUGUAAUUAAAGUACAUUACCAUACAGGGUAAUUGCUGCCUUUAGUCCUGUGGAAGCCAUGAAUGAGUGCAGCAGAAGUUUGAUGGCUUGUAUUUUUUCAUCUUAUUUUGUGCUGUCAUAUUUUAAAAAGAUCCCUUGGAAAAUUGUUUUAGCGUAAUUCAGGACUAUUGGUUCGUUACAUUCCUCCUUUUAUACUUUGUGCCUUCUUUAAUUUCUUGUAGACUAACCAGCACCCUUUCUUUGUGAACGGUGGGCAUGGAUUUACUUGGUGUAAAAGUGAUGUGCAAAUGCAAAAGGUUCCCAGGUUUGUCCUAUUACAACAGUGUCCACAUGAGAAAAGCCAGUAUUUCCUCUCCUACCUGACACUUUUAUUUAACCACUGUAAAGGAAUAAAACAAAAUAGUAUUUAGACCUUUUUUAAUUAGUGCAGUGCAAAGUAAUUACACUACUUUGAUUCAAUGUAAGCUGAAAGCCUGUGUAAAAGAUCCUCAUCGUUUGUAAGCAGGAUUAGAAUUAAAU